AUGUCCAACGCCACUCAAAGCCAGAUAGACUCUGCUGCAUCAGCACUGGCAUAUCAAACUGCUCAUUACAAUGAAGACAGAGGGGGUAUGAUCGUUGGAAUAUGUGUUCUGAAUCUCAUAGUCAUCUUCACAACUGUAGUUGUUCGCUUGUAUGCUCAGAACACUAUUGGCAAGAUCCGGAGUCUGGAUUCAUGGUUGAUUUGCAUUGCUGCUAUCAUCGCAAUUGGCGUGAAUGUAUGUGAGCUUGUCGCAGUGCAUAAUGGGCUCGGAAAACACUUUCUCAGAGUAAUGACUGAAGACCCUCAUCCACCCGAUAACUAUGUCACAGUCUUCAAAAUGGGAUAUGCAAUGUACCUCCAACAAACCCUCGCCUUGAUGACAACAAAGCUUUCAAUUUUAGCCUUCUAUCACCGCAUCUUCACCAUCAGACAUAUAACUUUCAAGUGGUCAAUCUAUGCUACAUCAGUGGUGUCACUAUGCGCGGGCAUAGCGACAUUCAUUGUCUUUGUAUUCCAGUGCGUUCCUGUUGAACUAUUUUGGAACCGUAUCUACGAGUCACUUCCACCACCAUACCCAGUAUCUCUUGAGGGCCACUGUAUGUCUGCUACAAUUCAUGUCGUGGUUCCCCUCUUCUUUGACUUGGGGACAGAAGUCGUCAUUUUGAUCUUACCAGUCAUUGGCGUCUGGAAAUUAAAACUUCCAAUGAACAAGAAGCUCGGUCUCCUUACCGCUUUUUCCUUGGGAAUUUUCGUCACAGUAAUAAGUAUAGUGCGCCUUAUUUACACAUUCCCACUCGCUCAAGGCCCCGACAUGUCUUGGGACGACGUUGAUGUUUUUCUUUGGACCGCGAUACAAUGUUCUUUCAGUAUCGCAAGUGCAUGCGUACCUACUAUGGCGCCACUCUAUCGAGUUCUCAGCGCGAAAUCAAAGUCAAAUUCGUACGGCAACCUCGAUUCGAGUAACGCUCGACGACGAACUGCACAAAAAAGUGCUCCAUUGGAAUCUCACGGCGAUACCUGGAUUGAUGGCUUCGAUAGAGACGAUGGCAAUGCGAGUAAGGAUCAGUUUGUUAAUGCCCAUGAAGCUAUGUGCUCAUCUGAUGUGGUUCCGAAGUCCUGCGGUCGGAGCUCCGAAUUAUCUGUUGCGGGACCUCAAUUCGAGAUGAAGAAGAUAAGUGUUCGUAAGGACAUAACUAUUCAAAGAUCUAGUCUGGUAUGA